AUGGAAGAUGUUGAAGAGAAACUUAAAGUUCGUGGAGAAUCAACUAAGCAAAUUGUCUUGCCUCAUUGCACAUGGGACAAGUUCGGCGACAUUAUGGCCAAUACCGGAGGAAGAUGCAUGGGUUUGUUUGACAAAAUCGUUUCGUUUUUGCAACCAUGAACAUGUACUCUUCAAACAAGAUGCAAGUGUCUGACACUAAGGAGUACCAAGAUUUUUUGCAAAUGUACACUGGAAAAACAAAAUGUCGAGAAACAGGUAAUAUUGUAAAACUUUUGCAAUAUUUUACAAUGUGAGCUUCAUUAAUUCAUUAAUGCAAUUUUGUAAUAUAAUAAAUUUCCAUGUCGUUAUUACAUUUAGCCAGCAGACCUUUGGCCGCAUUUCUGGGGGCCAGUCAACAUUGUAUGCUUUUUUUGUAUUUUUGAGUGAGUCGUCUUAGCAACACAAAAUUCCCAUUGGCUGGAUAGCCGCUUUAUUUCACAGGUUAAUAUAAUAAUGGUAGUAUGGCUACCCUCGAAGGGAGUGCGCUUGUUCAGCAUUGUAUUUUGAAACCUUUAGAUUUUUUAAGACAAAGGGGUUACAACAUUUUUUUAAACUGUGAACAACGCCAAGCAAUUAUCCAAUUUUUUGGAAAUCGCAAUGUAAUUGCAAUUUUGCCCACAGGUUUUGGAAAAUCUAUCAUUUUAAUUAAUACAUUGUGUAUGUGUUGCACAAGAUGAGUGGUUAAUAUGUGAAAAUGAAUGUGGUUGUUCUGUUCUUAUUGUAUCUCCUUUGCGAAGCAUAAAUCCAUAAUAGAAGAUCAAACAGCCUUUUUACUAUCGUUUAUAAUUACAUUGCAAAGGAAUUGGCUAAUAAAUCAACUGCAGACAUCAUAAAAUCGCGACCACAAGUUCUCACGCUAUUUUUAAUUUCUCGCUAUUUAUAACCCACACUGUGAUUGGUUCUCUUAAAUAAACAACUUUGUCGGCGUAAUACCAAAGACCAUAGAAUGUUGGCUGGCUGUCAUAGGUGUCGAAAGAUUGAUAAGUGGGGGGGACCAUAUUCAUAUUAAUUUCUUUUGAAAUCGAUUGUUUUUAAGGUCUGUGAACACAAAUAUAUAAUGAAUAUGGUCCCCCCCCCCCACUUAUCGAUCUUUCGAUGCCUAUGCUGGCCGUAUUUCACUCUGGUCCGCCCUCAAGCUCCCUCAGAAAUAUAGCCAAAGCUCUCCUGCCUAUAUUACAUUAUUCAUACUUAAUUCUUAAAAUACUACUUUAUUAAGCUUCAUCACUGGGGUUAAUCUGCAUACAGUGCUUCUACAAUAGAUCUAGCUAUAGGCUAUUUAACAGUUAUUCCAUGAACGAGUCAAAUAUCAUAUCAUAUUCAACGAGAGUGAGAGGAAUAACUGUUUUAUUAUAUCACAAGGUCUGAAUUCACAGACUUUGCUUUUCGGAUAUUUUCAAUAUUUUUCUAUUUUGUUUGUGUUUUUAUCUUCCGUCUUUCAGACGAUUAUUUUUUCAAAAAUAUAUAUUUUUAACCAUUUUAAAUUUUAAAAAUUCAUUUGCUAACCUGUAAACAAUUUGUGGGAGUUUUUUCGUUGUGUUUUUAAUCCUGUGAAGGCUAUAAAAAGCGAACAACUUGCCGUUUUCUCAUUCGCAAACUUCGGAAAUUCAGUUUCAGCCGCUAUUUUGUUUUUCGCUACUAGUCUACCAGGAUAUGAGCUAAUAUCCUGCUAGUAGAGAACCAAUCACAUUACAGAAUACCUCAUAUCCAGACCAUGUGUAUACAAUAAUUGUAUUUAUUACCCAGAUGAUUCCGCGUUCAUAAUGCACCUAGCAUACUCUUGUUCAUUCUACCAUAUAGGAAACCUGUGACAAUUGACCAGGAAUCCUGGUUAAAUUUAACCAGGAUUGCACUAGGAAUAUUAGGUUACCCCAAACAACAAGAUUAACCAGAAAAUGUUUUAACCAGGGUGUUUUAUACCAUAUAUUUAUGUGUAUAUCUUUCAUGCAUCGCGCCACUGUGGUCAGGGUUAAAGCAGAAAUAAUUGUUCUUUAAUAUUCCUACACUAUAAAAAAAUCCAGGUUAAAAAAAAUCCUGGUUAACUUUUAAUUAACAUUAUUUGGCCUGUUUGAUGGUAACAUCAUGUUGUUCGUUAAUUCAUUGUGACUCUCAUCCUUGAAUUGAUUAUAGUCCUGACUAAUUCAACCACGAUUCUUAAUUAACUUAAUCACCCUAUUUUAUUUUAACCACACUUCAUUUUAGCAUUGAUGGUAACCACGCAUUCUGCAUGGGUUAAUAAUCCACUUAGCAAAGCAUGGUUAAUUGAACUAUAUAGAAUGUUUACAAUAACCAGCAAACUUGGUUUUGUAAAAAAUUAAGCAGGGCUGUGGUUAAAUUAACCAUGUAAUUGCACCUUGAACAGUAAAUUCCCCUAAAUAGUCUUGAUUUUAGGUUAACCAGGAAAUGAAUUGAGCACGUUCACACCGGCGAUUUGAGGUGCAAUUUUCUUCUUUUCAUGGAUGUGAACGAGUAUACAGUACAUGACUUAUAAAUGUUCUUACCAUACUGUAUGUGCUCCUUGAACAUCCUUAACUUACAGACUCAAUCCCAACACGAAAAUCGCACCUUAAAUUGCCACCACAAUCGCCCAUGUAAAUGAGCUUCAAAUACAAAUAAAAAUGUAAUUUUUUUAUAAUAUCGUUGUUUAGUUACUGGAAAUGCUAACUUCCGAAUGCAACAAACAUCUUUCACUUUGCGCGGAUUUACCCAACCUCGUACCGCAAUGCCCAUAAUCGAAGAUUUGCAAAAUAAUGCAAAAGGGUUUACAUCUCGCUUUCUUUGGUACUUUCCCAAACCAGUAUUUUGUAAAUUGAAAGCAACAGUUCUUCAUGAUGACGAAAACGAUGAGGUUGAAAAAUUUGAGGAACAACUUGGUAAGUCAUAUCACAGAAAACUAAAGAAAAUUAAUACCAAAUACACACUCAUAUAACGUCAUCAUUACUCUUUUUCCUGCUGUUUUAGUGGAUUUUCUGGCAACGUUAUAUUUCGAAGGCGAAGCGUCAUACACCAUAGAGCAAGAUGAUAAGAUUACAAACGUUAUUGUCAAUCGGAAAAAAAUUCAUACUUUCAGAGGAAGCAGCAACAGAAUUUGA